UGAAACAAAACAAAAAAAAACACAAAAAAAAACCAAACACAACAACAUUUUUAGUUGUUGUUGUUAAUUAAUUCCUCUGUUUGGUUUUUUAGUUAAAUUUCUCUUACCUUUUGAUUAACAAUUUUGCUUUGAUUUUAGUGUUACAAAGAUAAACACUGUAGAGUAUUAUUAUUAUUAUAGCUUCUUAAAAGAAAAGAUUCAUCAAUUUGUUUAUUGUUGUUCUUCAGAUUUUUUCUAAAUUUUAAUCUUUUGUGUUUGUGAUCUUUUGUGAUGGGCCUCUUCUCUCUGUUUAGGUUUCUCUUUUUCCAAUAAAAUUCGUCUUCUUCUUUUCUGGGUACCGUCGAUUUCUUCCUACGAGUUCGAAAUUAGGGUUUUUUUCUUCUUCUUAGGGCUGAUUUUGAGGUCGAGUAGUGGGUUCUUAACGAACUUAUUCGUUGAAUUUCUUUAGGGUUUUCUUUGUGGUCUAGUUUCAUAGAGAGAUUAGAAGUUUGGUUAUGCUAUUGAACGAUGUUUCAUGGACAAGGGUUUUCGAGAAACCGUUGUAAUGUUGUGGCAGUUGUUUCUGGAGCAGAGCUUUGCGAUACUAAUAACCAGAUAGAUGGAACUUCUCAUCAACCCAAAUACCCUUUUCCAGAUCUCUCUUCUUCAGGGCGUCUCAAGUUUCAGGUACUGAAUAAUCCUACGCCGGAGGAGUUCCAGGUUGCUGUUAACUCUUCAGCAACGGAUUUUGUGUACUUGCAAGGGGAACAUAGUGGAGAUAGUGAUGAAGUUGGUCCCUUAGUGUUGGGAUAUACUGAUUUUUCUACUCCUGAUGCCUUGGUUACUCUGUUUGGUUCCACAUUACCGACAACGGUUUACCUUGAGCUCCCAAAUGGUGAAGAAUUAGCUCAAGCACUCUACUCUAAGGGUGUUCAAUAUGUUAUUUAUUGGAAAAAUGUUUUCUCGAAAUAUGCAGCCUGCCAUUUUCGCCAUUCUCUGUUUUCAGUCAUACAGAGUUCGUGCAGCGAUACAUGGGAUGUGUUCCAUGUUGCAGAAGCAUCUUUCCGACUCUAUUGUACAAGUGACAAUGCUGUCCUUCCUUCUAACAGCAACCGUAAAAUGAAUUAUGAGAUGGGACCUUGCUUGCUUGGAGAACCUCCAAAGAUUGAUGUGGUUUCACCGGAAGCUGAUGAACUAGAAGAGGAAAAUUCAUUAGAGAGCCUCCCAUCAAUAAAGAUAUAUGAUGAAGAUGUUACUGUGAGGUUUCUUUUGUGUGGACCACCAUGCACAGUGGAUACAUUUUUACUGGGAUCUUUGAUGGAUGGACUUAAUGCUCUCUUGCGAAUAGAAAUGCGAGGAAGUAAGCUCCAUAACCGUUCUAGUGCUCCAGCACCUCCUCUUCAAGCAGGAACAUUUACUCGUGGUGUAGUGACCAUGCGUUGUGAUGUCUCGACCUGUUCUUCAGCACACAUAUCAAUGCUUGUGUCUGGAAAUGCGCAGACCUGUUUCAGUGAUCAGCUUUUGGAAAAUCACAUAAAACAUGAGGUCGUUGAGAAGAUCCAACUAGUCCAUUCAGUGGUGAACUCAGAAGAAACAAAGCGGGGUUUCUCUGAGCCUCGUAGAUCUGCCUCAAUAGCUUGUGGAGCAAGUGUGUGUGAAGUUUCGAUGCAAGUCCCAACAUGGGCUCUGCAGGUUUUAAGACAGUUGGCGCCGGAUGUGUCAUACCGCAGUUUAGUCGUUCUUGGAGUAGCUAGCAUUCAGGGGUUGUCUGUUGCUUCCUUUGAGAAAGAUGAUGCAGAACGUUUACUUUUCUUCUGCGGACAACAGAUCAAUGAUACUUCAAAUCAUGAUGCUCUUUUAUCCAAAAUUCCUAACUGGUUAACACCUCCUUUGCCAACCAGAAAAAGAUCCGAGCCAUGCAGAGAAAGUAAGGAAAUUGAAAACGGAGGACCUACAUCAAGGAAAAUCAACGUGGCUGCUUUGAGACCAAUACCUCACACCCGUCGACAUAAGAUGAUACCUUUCUCUGGUUACUCUGAAAUUGGAAGAUUUGAUGGUGACCACACCAAAGGAAGCUUGCCUAUGCCUCCAAAGCAUGGUGCAUCAGGUGGCACUCCAGUAACUCACCGUAAAGCUUUCUCUGGUUCGUACCAGAGAAAGCAAAUCAUCUCACUAAACCCUCUACCUUUAAAAAAACACGACUGUGGAAGAGCGCAUAUUCAAGUUUGCUCAGAGGAGGAGUUUCUGAGGGAUGUAAUGCAGUUUCUGCUAAUACGAGGACAUACCCGGCUAGUUCCUCCAGGGGGACUAGCGGAGUUUCCAGAUGCUGUUCUCAACUCAAAACGGCUUGAUCUCUUCAACUUGUAUAGAGAGGUUGUAUCACGGGGAGGGUUCCAUGUAGGUAAUGGGAUCAACUGGAAGGGACAAGUUUUCUCAAAGAUGCGCAACCACACACUCACAAACAGAAUGACUGGUGUGGGUAAUACCCUGAAAAGACACUAUGAGACGUAUCUAUUGGAGUAUGAGUAUGCUCAUGAUGAUGUAGAUGGAGAGUGCUGUUUAAUAUGUCGCAGUAGCACAGCUGGUGACUGGGUGAACUGUGGAUCAUGUGGAGAGUGGGCUCAUUUCGGAUGUGACAGAAGGCCUGGCCUCGGCGCCUUCAAGGACUAUGCAAAAACAGAUGGGUUGGAAUAUGUGUGCCCAAAUUGUAGUGUCUCAAAUUACAGGAAGAAGUCUCAGAAGACCUCCAACGGUGGCUUGCUUGUACCUUAGCUUUGUACCUUAGGUUCAUGUUUCUUCUUUUGUUGUACUUUUGCCUUGGAACCAAAUGAUUGAUUGAUUCCUCUAAUGUUUCACGAGUUUUUUUGCAAUGCAAGGUUUUUUUUCUUUCCAUUAUCUUUAUAAUGAAUCGGAGAAUGUAAAAAUAGUGAACGUUAUAGAUUUUGCAUCAUAUUUAAGGGACUUGCCAAUAUC